GAUUUGUUGAUCUAGCUCAUUUAGGAAUACUGAGAAGAGAUGUCCAGUCUUUUCAUCCUGGGUGCAACGCUUCUACUUGUUUGUACAGUCCCUGCCUCUGCUUCUGAUAAUUGCACUCCACAAAAUGGGGAAUGUGUCUCUAAAGACAGUGGGUGUGAUUUUCCCAAGCAACCAGUGAAACACCUCUGCCCCGACGACAAGAUAUGUUGCUUGAAAGAUGAAGAUAUCGGUUGUACAAAGCAAGGGGGCAUCUGCCAGGAGAUUACUGAGAAAUGCGGUCGUUCCUACGUCAGGUUUCUUUGUGGUGGUGGCAAUAAUAGACGAUGUUGUUUACCAAAUGCUGCUGCACCUUGUACAGCAAAAGGUGGGAAAUGCCUGUCACAGUGGGAUAAAUGUUAUGGAAAGAAAGUAUACGGAUUGUGUGGAGAUAAGAGCAGAAAAUGUUGCAUACCUCGUAAAUGUAAGCAUAAGGGCUCUAGAUGUGGUAGCGACACAUGUUGCAAAAUACCCGGCUUUUAUUAUUUGCCACACUGGUGAAUUAUGAUGCUUCGUCUGAACAGAGAAUAAAAAAUAAAAUACACAAAUACACAGAUAUAUGUGACUAUGAAUUACUGAU